UUUUACCUAAAGCUCUUGUUCUUGGAUGAAUGCUCUCAUGAGUGUAAGAAGCACUUCACCCUACAGGGUGUUGGUAGUUGUACACAGAUGAAUGUCCUGAUGUCUGAAUGAUUGGACUGAUGUCUGAAUCUCUCGCUGCGUGCUUUUGCUGGAGAGGACACCUGGGAUGUGCGACUCCAUGAAUGUGCCUUUGUAGUGCCUCCAGUCUCUGUGUGCCUGCAAUGUACUCUGCUACUGCAGCACACCUCCAUGGGUCCGACUGCUCUUCAGGCCAGGUCUCGGUUCACGGAUCAGGUUGGGUUUCGUCCGUAAAUUCGCAGGUUUAAUGUUACUUGGCCCUUUCUGCUCGGCCACGGAUGAAUUAUCGACAGUGGUGCCUUUGUUCACUGUCCCAGGGGCAGGUUCCCUUUUGAGUUUUCUGUGUUUUGGGUUAUUCUCAGCCUGCUGUGUGACGCUGUGGCCAGCGACAAGCUUGCAUUACCCAGGCUGGCGGCCUGCGCCAAAUGAGAGCGGAGGAUUAGUUAUGCCACUCUCCAAAAAACGCUAUUUGAUGCUCGCAAAUCAUGACAAACAUCUCAAAAGUAUGCCACCAUGUUGAGGGGCUGUACAAUAUAUCGUUUCAACAUCGACAUCGUGAUGUGCACGUGCACAGCAGUCAUGUUGCAGGAAAUGAGAUGUUAAGGCAGAUUAAAUCAAACAGGUCAUGCUACAACUUUGCUGCUGUCCGGCAUUUACUCCAGUUUAAGGGUUCUUGGAUGCACGGACCCACUAUCAUCAGUGUAUCAGUAUAUCAGAACAAGAAAGCAGCCCUACAAGAAAGAAUCAGGAGAAAAACACAAAGGAAGAUUUGUCUGCAAAAAAAAAACAAAACAACAACAUCAAUUGUGUGGAAUUCUUUCAGCUACAGAAAGGAUGUUGACCAAAAACAGGGUGCAGCUGAUUGAUGACCUCUCCUACGAGGACGUUAAGAUAUGCUACAGAGGAUCUACGGUGAGCAAGUACAAUUCCCAGUACCACAAGCUCUUCCAGAACGUACCCACGGAGGAACUGCUCAUGAAAGUGUACUCGUGCGCCCUGUUACGAGACAUCCUCCUGCAGGGAAGACUCUAUAUAUCCAGAAACUGGCUGUGUUUCUACACCAACCUCUUUGGCAAGGACUUUAAGGUGGCCAUCCCCGUGGUGUCCGUGCGGCUAGUGAAGAAGCACAAGACCGCGGGCCUUGUCCCCAACGGCCUGGCCAUCACUACAGACAGCAGCCAGAAGUAUGUGUUUGUGUCUCUGCUAUCCAGAGACAGCGUGUAUGAUGUGCUGCGGCGAAUCUGCACACACCUACAGGUCAAUGGCAAGAAGAGUCUCAGCCUCAAGCAGUACAUGGAGGAGCCCAGCUGUUUAGCUCUGAACGGCUUCUCGGUCCCAGAUGACUACCCUGGGGCUGUGGACGGCUUCUCCCCGGUGCUGAAGUGGAGGACUCCUUCAGUGGCGUCUGUCUCCUCCUCACUGCCUGACCUCCUGGGCAAUUCCAGCAGCAGCCUGGGCGCCGCGGAGAUGCCCUUCAAGGCCGACAAGCCCCUGGAGGAGAGCGGUCUAGAGGCCGACAAGAUCCUCCUCACGGAGCCGGUACCCGAACUGGGCCAGAUGGAGCAGCAGCUGCUGAAGUUCUUCAUCGUGCUAUGGGCCGUCCUUAUUCCGUAUGUGACUCUCUUGCUGCUGGUCUUCUGCAGACUUUUCAUCCUCAUCCUCUCCUCCUGUUAUCUGGCCUUCCGUGUGUGCAGUCUGGAACAGCAGCUCUCCUUCCUCAACAGUAACACAGCCCUCCCUGUGCACGAGAGGUAACCGGGGCAGAUCGGAUGUCCUGGCCGGUGGCGGUCAGCUGGAGUCCACGUGAAGUGACUCUCUUGUUUAUUGUUGUGCUGAAGCCCAGGCCUCCGGGAUGGAGGGGCUGAAGGAAGACGGGAAGCAGAGCCGUAGGCAAGGCUGCCCAGCCAGCAUUGCAGGGAGUGAAGCACAGACAUGGCCCUGCCCGCGGCAGAAUGCACCACGCUCACCCACCACAUGUAAUGACUUCAUGACGGGGGCAGUCGUGGACACGCCGCCUUUCGCUCACCCGCAUUAAAAACUGCAGACGUUUGUUGCGGGAUGUUUAGUGGCCAGAUUGACCGUGGAGGCAGAAAACGGGUAGAGCCCUGAUUCUUAAAGCAAACAAGGUUAUGAAAGACUUUGGUCAUUCAGUCAGCAAUAUGUAUUCAUGUUUGUAUGUUCAUGUCAACUGCUGCCUGCAAAGUAAUUACACAGCCCAUUACAGACUUACCCUAUGUCACCAUGGGAGUUGUAGUGGGGAGAAGCCAAACCAAAUAUUUGGUUUAAGCGAGUUGCUUUCUGCUUCUGUCCCAGUUUGAAUUAAGUAUUUCAGUUAAGAAAUAUAACUUUAUUUGUAUUGAAUUGGCCUUUAAAAAAACAAUAAUGAAUAACAUCCUCAAGCUGUAGGCUGAAUCACUUGCUCUCAGGACAAAUACCAUCAUCCAGGACAAUAGCAAUAGUAAACUUGUAGUUUUACAAUGUUAAGCUGAAUCACAUAACCAGGGUUGAUAGCAUUAUAUGUUUGCCAGACUGAAAAUGAGAUGCUAAUGCACUUUGAGCUUAUCUUGGCAACACAGGAACACUACUCCUUUCUCAUGAAGUUGUCAUGAAGGAGUUCUUGCAGUACUGUACUGUUGUCCAGGUAAACACCAUGUAAACACUGUCCCAGUACUGCUACACCUGUAUAACAAAUGACUGAAUCUGUAGAUAAUGUACACUGUAUAUGCAUUUCUUAAAAAUUGUAUUCAGGGUUCUUUUAUUGUUGUCAGGGCUGAAACUUUACUAAGGUAUGUCAUUUUGAACAUCUGAACUAGAGGACUGAUGGCAAAAAAAAAUAUUAACUAUUCAAAUCUAAAUGCAUCAUGAUGUCUUUUAAUGUUAUUAGGAGAUUAUGACUGUAACGUGAUGUAUUCAUGUUUUUCAUUUUUAAACUAAAUGAACAUAUUUUUAAUGCUUGUUCAAAAAAUUGAUACUUGUGCAUCUGGGUAAAUACCCUCUCCAGUUUGACUAUUUAACCUUAAUUAAAUGUAUUAUAUAGGCAAAUAAAUUAUAUAAUAUUU